AUGGGACUCGUGUCCUUCCUCGCGAGCAAGCCGGAGGUUCUAAGAGUUGCCCCCAGGCAGUCACAAGCACUGCUGAACGCGGCCGCGCGGGCCAACAUCCAAAGCGCCACGGUGACAGAUACGCCGCUCACGGACGCGGGGUUAGAUGGAACGGGCCAGGUCGUCCAGGUGAUCGACUCAGGGGUCGAUGAGUCUUCGUGCUUUUUUGCUCACGACGAGAGCGGCGACCACGUACCCCACGGGCACUAUUUCGAGGAGUGGGGAAUUAACCCGUCCCUGACCUCCUCCUCCUUCUCCUCGCCCACAAGUGACGACGACGACGACUCGUGGUGGUGGCCGUGGGCCACCGCCGACCACCACACAGGCUCGUACUACCAGAUCGCGGAAGAAUUCGACGGUGGGGAUUUCACCAUCUACCCCGAUAGGCGCAAGAUCAUCCAGUACAUCAAUCUGAUCAAGUCGGACGACACCGAGGGGUCACACGGCGAUUCUUUCACCACCUCUCUUGGGCAGCAGUAUCCCUGGCUUUCCGCAGAUCACUUCGAGUAUGACGAUGAGGCCGGCCAUGGCACUCACGUCGCCGGAUCGGUUGCAGGGGCAACGCUGAACACCCCGGCAGAGCUGAUUUCGUGCAACGACACGGAGACGAUGAGCUGCGUGGGUGCUUGCGUCGAUGACGACGAGGCGAACGACGUGGAUGAUCUCGCCACGCCCUACGUCGAGAUCGCAGAUCUUGACAGGCUUUGCCCGCUGUUCUCGGACUAUGACUGCGACGGGCUCGAGACGGACAAGUGCUUGAGUGACGAUGUCGCUGAGACCCUCACAAACAACGGGGGCAUGGCUCAGGGCGCGAAACUCGCAAUUUUCGACGCGUUCUACGACACUUUCGGUCUGUCCCCCUUUGUCGGGACCGGCUUGUGGGAGCCGUGCGCGGACGCUGACUGCAAGAUCCAUUCCAACAGCUAUGGGGGAGAUUUCGAGUGCUCGUUGGGAUCGAACGAUGUGCUGUACGACGAAUGGAUGGUUUCGAACCCGGAAAACCUCUUGAUUUUCGCUGCAGGCAAUGACGGCGAGCUGCGGCGGUCGACGUGUACGAUAGGUAGCCCCGCCAUCGCCAAGAACGUUCUUGCGGUCGGGGCGUCGACAUCCGGUGACACCCGCUUGUCCGCCACUCCAGGCUCUGGCAUAGACACAGUGGCAGUGUUCAGCUCGUACGGGCCCACCUCUGAUUCCCGCAUCAAGCCGGAGGUCUUGGCGCCUGGCGAUGCGAUCUACUCCGCCGCCAGCGAUGGCUCGGUGGACACUCAUUCGUGCCGCCUGUGGGCGUACGUUGGGACGUCCAUGUCCACCCCGAUUGUUGCCGGAGCAUCGGCAAUGAUCAGGCAGUACUUCAUGAACGAGACGUUUUUCGCCACGGACAUGACGGCCAGGGGGUUCUGCGAUGAGUGGGCGGGUUGCGAGGCCUUCUCGCCUUCUUCCGCAACGCUAAAGGCGUUGAUGAUCAACAGCGCGAACCUGAUGGGAGAGAGCAGCGAGCCAAAUGGCUCUCGCGGCUUCGGGCGUAUCCACCUCGAGGCAGGGAUGCCGCUAGGAGGAGAGGGAAGCUUGGCCCUCUUCGUGUCAGACUCCAACUACACCUCGAUCCCGGAGCUCACUCGCCAAGAAUACAACUUCGACGUGAACGCCACCGCUGGCCUGGACUUGCGUGUCACAUUGUCGUGGCUCGACCCGCCUGCCACCACAUUUUCGGCGGUGCAGCUGGUGCACGACCUGGAUCUGGUCGUCAUUUCCCCGAACGGCACGAGAUACACAAUGUGGGCCUCGGGAGUGACGGACUCGUCAAACGUCAACGAGCGGGUGAUCGUGGACGCGGAUGAUGUGGAGACAGGAACCUGGAGCGUAUGGAUCUGGGCCGACAACCUCACCACCGACGUGCAGAGCUAUUCGCUUGUCGUGAACGGGGCCAUAAGUCCGGGGACGGGCGUGGGGGCUAUUGAACGGUCCUCCUCGACGUCUUCGACGUCCUCGGACGGGUUGGCUGAGACUGCCCCGCCGUGGGAGACCGGGCUUAGUACCUCUGAUUCUGAUACUGCGGACACGUAUACCGCGCCUGAGGAAAUCAGUUCGUCUGAUUUGUACUGGGACACGGAAGCUCCAGUUGAGGCAGAGAGUGGUAGCGGAGCGCCGACAGCUGUGUCUGCCUGGUCAAGCUUGUGCGUGUCGUUGAUGUCCGGUGUGCUGGCGCCCCUUUCGGCCAUCGCUUUAGCCGCGCUGUCUUGAAGUGUGUACUCGAAACGGCGGCGUGAAUCGACGAGACCCCUUUUGGUUUUAGUACGCAGCUGUUUCUAAUUUUGACAGGCGAAAUUACGCCGCGGCGUGAUACCCUCGUUUGCUUUGGUGGUUCAGUGCAUGGAUGUGCCGCUGGUGGGAAGCAAAUGUUUCAAUAUUGAUCGAUGUCGUCCAGCUCCAGAGUGUGUUCUAGGUUUAGCCAGUGCCUUCAGAGUUUGUGCGUUUGAUUGCUCCCGGCCUCUCGUCUUAACCUGUGGUAAAUUUCGUCACGGCGCAGCUAACGUGGUGUUGUUUAUACUGUAGCUUGUAGCACAUGUGCGAAGUUGUUGAAUUGAUGACCGGCAAGGUAGCUCCCAUCGUGCUACAUUUUUUUUACAACACGCACUACGCAAGGAAGACCACCGCCGGACCUUGGCAGCAUGGCUGUGUUUUU